GAAACUACGAAGAGAAAAAAAAAAUAGAAGUAUAAGGACAUAAAUAGGGCCUCGACACAUCGAAAAGGAUAGAAAACGAAUAUUUUAAGAGAGUGAGAGAAUCAAAUUUAAAGGGGGAGCAACAGAGAACAAAAGAACAAGUGCUUUCUGCUGAUCAACGGUGUAACAAAUUAUUCGAUAAUUCUCUGCAUUGUCUACAAUAAGUAUUUCACGAUGCCUAACAUCAAACUACAGAGCUCAGAUGGCGAAGUUUUCGAAGUGGAUGUCGCUAUUGCAAAAUGUUCUGUGACUAUAAAAACCAUGUUGGAAGAUCUUGGGAUGGAUGAAGACGAGGAAGAAGUUGUUCCUCUUCCAAAUGUUAAUUCUGCUAUUUUAAGGAAGGUAUUACAAUGGGCUACUUAUCACAAAGAUGAUCCACCACUACCUGAAGAUGAUGAAAAUAAGGAGAAACGUACCGAUGAUAUAAGUUCUUGGGAUGCAGAUUUUCUAAAGGUUGAUCAAGGAACAUUGUUCGAAUUAAUUUUGGCAGCUAAUUAUCUUGAUAUCAAGGGAUUAUUAGAUGUAACAUGCAAAACUGUUGCUAACAUGAUAAAAGGCAAAACUCCAGAAGAAAUUCGCAAAACAUUCAAUAUAAAAAAUGAUUUCUCUGCAUCAGAAGAAGAUCAAGUUCGCAAAGAAAAUGAAUGGUGUGAAGAAAAGUAGAUUAAAGUGUUUCAGUAUUCAAAAAUUUAACAGUUAAUACACUAUCUGCAUUGUUUUAAAGAAUUCAUAAAAAUUGUCAUAGCACUGACCAUUCUAUGUACCAAAUAGUGACUGCGUUAU